GAGCUGACCUUUGGCGAUGAGCAUGGUAACGUGAAGGUGCAGCUUGGGAAGACAGCGUGAGUAGACAGUCUUUAAAUACUCUGUAUACAGGCUGGAGACGUGUGCUAAUCAGAUAUGUCGAUAGGGUGCUGGUACGGAUUUCCGCAGAGCUGACGACCCCGCGGCCUGAGCGCGAUUGCGACGGGAUAUUUACUGUUGUGGUGGAAUUGAACGACAUGGCUCUACCGGGCUACGAGACCGGACGGUGCGUUUUGAUAUUGAUGGCGUUGACUACGAAGAAAUAAAAAAGCUAAUGGAUAGGGUGGUAGACCAUCGGAGCUGGAGGUCAGUCUGUCCCGCACACUGGACAAGAUCGUUCGGCGGUCCAAUGCGCUCGACACGGAGUCUCUGUGUAUUGCUAAGGGGAGGAUAUGCUGGAACAUCCGGGCAGACAUUCACAUCCUGGACUGCGAUGGAGGGUUGAUUGACGCGAGCUGCCUGGCCAUCAUGGCCGGGCUGCUUCACUUCCGUCUGCCAGAAUCUACGGUGCGAGAUGGCGAGGUGACGGUCUUCACUACGGAGGAGAAGGUGCCUGUGCAGCUGAACCUGACCAAGAUCCCGCUGUCAGUGACGUUCAAUCUCUACGAUGAAGGCAAGAUCAUGCUACUCGACGCCACAACGAGCGAGGAGGCAGUCAGUGAAGGGUCGUUGGUCGUUGCUCUUGACAAGACGGGGGAGAUUGCGCUGUACUCGAAGCCUGACGGGGCGCCAGCGGACCCGGUGAAUAUGGUGAACUGCUCCACGCUUGCGCUGGAGAAGGUGAGGGAGCUGAACAAGCUGCUUGCUGCCCGGUUGGAGGAGGAAAAGCAGAUUCGGGAGAAGAAACGGCCCACGGCAGGGCUCAGUGCUGCCCACGAGAGGUGACCGUGAAACAAACAACCAACAACCACACCUAACUCUGGCGCCUGUUCGACGAUCCAGCAAAGUCUAUUACGGCGCUGGACUAUUUAUUCACUGCUCCGUACACGCAUGGACAUAUCAUCAGCCCAAUGCUCAGGACUUUUGUCUCCAGCGACGGAACAUCCGGCUACGACCGACCAGCUCAGCCAUGCCGCCGGCCCGCAGCAGCAUCCCCAUCCUUUAACGGCCGACUUCAAGCUCGCCUCGCCCGCCAGCGCGCAGCUGGAUCUCGAUCGAUCCACGCUGUUUCGAGCUAUUAAUAGUCGGCCUCCAGCCAGGCUUCCCAUAUAUAUUUUUAACGACUUAACUAGUGUUAGUGAGAUAAAGAACACACGCAGAAUAAAGCAGCAUAGACGCCUCCUAAGCGACGGGCCAGCCAGUAGCAGCACCAGUAACUCCCACACAGUCCGUAGGAUGAGCGUAGACAGACGCCGGGCCUCCGUGUUUGCCUAAACGUCGC